UCAAAAAAGAUCCAAGCCCAGCUGAAAGAACUUCGUUAUGGGAAAAAAGAUUUGAUUUUUAAGGCACAACAGCUAACAGAUCUAGAGCAGAAACUAGCAGUAGCAAAAGACGAAUUGGAAAAGGCCGCCCUUGAUGAAGAGUCACAGCUGAAAGCUCUGAAGGAGACUGUGAAGCUUUGCCUGUCCUUCGUUCUGCACAAUCAGUCUCCUGCUAACCAUCGAGUCCCUACAAAACCAGCAGAGAAGCUGACAUCUAUAGCUACAAAGGGCUCAAAACUUCAAUUUCCAGUGACAAGCACCAAGCAAAAUACCUCAGCAGAGAAAGAAAGUCUUCACGUGACCUCAAGAAAGGAAGAAAAUCAGAGCAUCCAGGAGUGCGAUUCUCAAGAUGUUGGCAAGACGUGUUUGGGGAACCGCAAUAAUUCAGCAUCUCAAUUGAAGAGAGCAGAAACAGAGACAAGAUUUCAGAUGUUGCGCAACCCUCUGUGGAUUAAACCUGAAGAGGAAAAAUCACCUGAAAGAAAUGAGAAAAAGUCUGAAGGUUCUGUUAGUGCAAAAGAAAAGAAACUCUAAUUACUACUAAUAUGCCUUUGAAAAUGUUCAUCACUUGCUAUCAUCUUCAUUUUAAAUCAUGGAAAGACAUUUGGACCACAGCAGGUGGCAUGUUGGAUGUGUUGGCUCAUUCCACUCCGGCAUUUUGCUUGUGCUUCCCUACUCAGGAGUGAAUGCUGCAGAAUGUCUUGUUAAUUACAAUCUCAUCUAUUAUACAAGGAAUAUUUUCAAGCAAUGGAAAGGAAUAUCUCUUUCAUG